GUAAUCCGUGAAUCAAUUCAACCGAUUCACUGAAGAGAUUCGACUCGGCCGAACAGUUCGUUCACGCUAGAGUGAGAGAGGAGCUCCGCUGCUGCUGUGUGGGGCUGAUAUGCAGAGGCGGGCCGGGGAAAAGAGGCACAAGAAGGGAAGGAAAUGCAGGAUUCCGAGGCGGCCUGUAUGAGUUAAGAGUCUCAGAGCAAGAAACCUGAACCCGGUGAUUAUAUUCGUCGCUUAGAAGCGGUAUUAAAGCAAGAAAGGGCCGUUUUUAUGCGAGUGCAGCCUCGCUCUCUUUGAAAACCACUAGCCAGCUAACGCUAGUCAUGUAGCGCUCCAUUCACACGGACGCCAAACAUGGACACGACUGCACACAAUACUUGUGUUUUACAUCGCCUCUGUGGCUAACAAACUCUCGGAUGAGCGGAUCCCAAUGGCGAUAGAGCGCAGAUGGAGGGGCGUUGUGGAUUUAGCUAGACGUAUACCCAGGGAAAACACUCUCGUCCGCUGUUGAAUCUGUGGCUUUGAUUUCCUCGAACCCGAUAAAAGUGCUCCCCCGUUGUUGUUUUGGUCAUAAAACGCCUCGAUAAGAAGUACUGUGGUGUUUUUAUGUUUUUAUGGCCGUUGCUGAGCAGAUAAAGUUAGCUGUAGCUUAAGCCUGGAUCAGACCAAAUGAAGGAGUAUAAGGUGGUUGUGCUGGGCAGCGGCGGCGUGGGCAAGUCCGCACUCACGGUCCAGUUUGUGACCGGGACAUUCAUAGAGAAAUAUGACCCGACCAUCGAGGACUUCUAUAGGAAGGAGAUCGAGGUGGAUUCGUCCCCCUCGGUGCUGGAGAUCCUGGACACUGCUGGGACCGAGCAGUUUGCGUCCAUGCGAGAUCUCUACAUCAAAAAUGGGCAAGGCUUCAUUCUAGUCUACAGUCUUGUCAAUCAGCAGUCAUUUCAGGACAUCAGACCCAUGCGGGACCAGAUCGUUCGUGUGAAGCGCUUUGAGAAGGUGCCUCUGAUCUUGGUGGGGAAUAAGGUGGACCUGGAGUCCGAGCGGGAGGUGGCGGGCUCUGACGGACGAGCGCUCGCACAAGAGUGGGGCUGCCCCUUCAUAGAGACCUCGGCCAAGAGCAAGAGCAUGGUCGAUGAGCUGUUCGCUGAGAUUGUGAGGCAGAUGAACUACACCACUUUACCCGAGAAGCAAGAGCAGUGCUGCACCGCAUGCGUUGUGCAAUGAGCGUCCUGGCCUUACUUUCAGUCCAGACACAUGAUCAAGAUGGACGCUCUCUUGAACCAAUCUCUGAUCGUACGACCCUCUGAGCCACACCUGUGCCACUGAGCCCCUUGAACUCUGACACUUAAGACAUCUGGCCGAGGCUUGGCUUUGCUGUCCGGAAAUAAAUCAUCGCAGGGUCUUCAAAACUCAGAUCCACCGGGUCUGGAUUGUAGAGCACAUAUACAGUAUCUUCAAGUUAUGUUUUGGUUACCUGGAAACAAGUCCAGUCUGCGAAUUGGAGCACAGAAAACUUUUGGGAAUGGGGAUAUCUGUGACAGGGCUAUUAAUAGCUAUUUUUCUUAUAUGGGGAAAAGGGUUAUGACGAGCAGGUCAACUCAGGGCUAUAAUACCCCUGGAGAUGCUCCGUUGUAUAUCUUCCCUGUUUUUUCUUUUAACAUAUUAAGUUUGAUAUCUAAUUGUUAAGCUGUAACAGCCAUUAUGCAGGUGUGAGACCUCAAUAUCUAAUGUUUCUUUUUUUCCCCCUUUUGAUUUUUUUUUAAACUACUGGUAUGUAUGCUUUCUCUCCUAAUACUCUAUUUAUUAAAUUCUUUAAUUACCGAGAUAGAUAAAUAUUGCAUUUUUAUAUUCUGUUGGCUAUUUUGGCUUUUUGUGACUACAGUAUGCAUUGUUUCUGAAGUACAGCAUUGAUGAUGCCUUAAUUGAUUACAGGCUGAAACCCCUGUUGAGUCAGUUCUUUCUUUUCUUGUAUUUUAAUUUCAUUUCUAAGAUGUCUCUUGCAUAUCAUUUGUGCCCAACAAGUUACAAUAUGUUUUGGGCACGUUUCCAACCACUGCUUCAAUAGAAACUUACAUUGUCAGCGGUCCAUACAGCACAGUAUUGCAGAUGUUACUUUUGGCUUUUAACACUAAGCACAUAAAAUGUACAAAUGCCAAA